AAGUGAUAAGAAGCCAAAUAAAAGUAAUAAACUCAGAAAAGAAGAAGAAGAAUCUCUUGUUGAAUGUUGUUUUUGUUGUUGGUGAGCGUUAAUAUUUCGGGUUCUUAAACAAGAAGCAUGUCGAGUCUCUCAUUCGGUACAUUCUUCAAGGUCUUCUUAUGUGGAUGAUUUUCUUAAGAAAUAGGAAACAAACUUUAUCUUGAGACUUCUUCAACGUGCUUAGUUCUCAACACAGCCACGUUUUUUUAUUAAACUUGAUUUCGUUUUUGGUUUUAUUUUAAUGAUGUACAAACAUCAAGAAUUGUGAUGCAACAAGCAUUUAUAAAUGAUUUAUCAAGAGAAGUAGACAAUCGUUGGAUUGAAAAGAAUGAAGAAUUCUUGAGCAGUGAGGUGUGCUGAGUUGAAUUUUAAAAAUUAAAAAUAAAAAGAAGAAAUCUGAUUAUUGAAAAUAAAAGAUAAAUAUUGGAGAAAAAGAAACCAUUAAACAUUAAACCACAACAAUGGAUAGUCUUUUAAAUACAAGUGGUCAGCAGUUACCAAAUAAUCACUUUGUGGAUUCGCAGGGUGAACGAACUUCUUGGGAAUAUCAUACCGUGAUUCUUUAUCGUGUAGCUGGCUAUGGAUUCGGCAUUGCUGUGUCUGGUGGACGAGAUAAUCCACAUUUUGCAAAUGGUGAUCCAUCGAUUGCUGUCAGUGAUGUUCUCAAAGGCGGACCAGCUGAAGACAGAUUGCAAACGAACGACAGAAUUGUAUCAGCAAAUGGAAUCUCACUUGAGAAUGUUGAAUAUGCGACAGCAGUUCAAGUUCUUCGUGACAGUGGAAAUACUGUGACGUUAGUUGUGAAACGACGUGUACCAUCGUUACAAGGAAAUUAUUCACAAAGUGGAACUUCUUCCGGAAUUAUUGGCAAUCAUCAACAUCAACAUAGUCUCAGCUCAACUGCGGGUCUCAUGGGACUUACAAAUGGAUCUCAACAACAAAUCAAAGUCACGUUGAACAAGUCAAGUAAGAAAGAAGAUUUUGGUUUGGUGCUUGGCUGUCGAAUCUUCGUCAAAGAAAUCUCAUCAAAGAUGCGUGAACAACUUCAAGCCAAUGGUUAUUCAUUACAAGAAGGUGACAUCAUUACACGAGUUCACAACACAAAUUGUAAUGACUCGAUGAGUGUUAAAGAAGCGAAGAAGAUUAUGGACGGAUGUAAAGAACGUUUGAACUUGGCUGUUGUUCGCGAUCCAAACUUAUCACCAACUUCAUCAACAAAUAACAACAACAACGCGUCAAUUUACUCACAUCAACAGCAAUUAUCGAAUUGUUCAAAUAUUGAUGACAAUUUUAAUUCGUCAGCUUAUUCAACACAAAAUCUUUACGUUCAACCACCAACACGUCCAUCAUUGAGUACACUUUUAGAUGACAAAUGUAAUUUGACACCGCGUGGUCGUUCUCGUGGUCCAUUAACUGACAUUUCUUUAACGCAACUUGACCGUCCAGUGACACCACCAACAACUUCUGGACAUUCUCGAAGUCGAAGUGGAAUUGAUGAACCGCCAAGACCGCCACCGCCGAGAGGUGAAGAUUAUUACAGUACAAGACGAAUGACUGGAGGUGUUGAAACUUCAUCCGAGCCACGCUACAUAACAUUCCAGAAAGAAGGAUCUGUUGGAAUUCGUCUGACUGGUGGCAACGAAGUUGGAAUCUUUGUCACUGCUGUUCAACAGAACAGCCCAGCAUCGAUGCAAGGUCUCGUUCCAGGUGAUAAACUUUUGAAAGUUAACGAUAUGGACAUGAAUGGCGUGACGAGAGAAGAAGCGGUUUUGUUUCUUCUUUCACUUCAAGAUCGAAUUGAUUUGAUUGUGCAAUAUUGUAAAGAUGAAUACGAUAAUGUUAUUCAGAAUCAACGUGGUGAUUCAUUUCAUAUUAAAACUCAUUUCCAUUACGAUUCGCCAUCGAAGAGUGAACUUUCGUUUAGAGCUGGCGAUGUUUUUCGUGUUAUUGACACGCUUCAUAAUGGUGUGGUUGGAUCAUGGCAAGUGAUGAGAAUUGGACGUGGACAUCAAGAACUUCAACGUGGAAUAAUUCCGAAUAAAGCGAGAGCUGAAGAGUUAGCGACAGCGCAAUUUAAUGCUAGUAAGAAAGAGCUGAACACGUCAGAGUCGCGUGUGAGUUUCUUCCGAAGAAAACGUUCAAAUCAUCGACGAUCUAAGUCAUUGUCAAGAGAGAAUUGGGAUGAUGUCGUCUUUUCUGAUUCGAUUUCAAAGUUUCCAGCAUAUGAACGUGUUGUGCUUCGUCAUCCUGGAUUUAUUCGUCCCGUUGUCCUUUUUGGAGCUGUUGCUGAUCUUGCACGUGAACGUUUAAUCAAAGAUUUCUCUGAUAAGUUUACAGCACCAUUGCAAGAUGACGACAAAUCAUCAUCGAAGUGUGGCAUUGUGAGACUGUCAAAUAUUCGCGAUAUUAUGGAUCGUGGCAAGCAUGCGCUUCUCGACAUCACACCGAAUGCUGUCGAUCGACUUAAUUAUGCGCAAUUUUAUCCCAUCGUCAUUUUCUUGAAAGCUGAUUCAAAACAUUCAAUCAAAACGUUACGUCAAGGAAUUCCAAAGUCGGCACAUAAAAGCUCGAAGAAGCUUCUCGAACAGAGUCAGAAGUUGGAUCGUGUGUGGUCGCAUGUCUUUAGCACGACAAUAACACUUAAUGAUCCAGAUUCAUGGUACCGUAAAGUUCGAGAGACAAUCGAUAAGCAGCAAUCUGGCGCUGUUUGGAUGUCGGAGACAAAGCCCGUUGAAUCGUUGUCGGACGAUUUCCUCUUCCCAAUGACCACAUCCCGUCUCUCCUACGCCUCAAGUCCCGAAUCAGACUUGGAAUUAAGUCCAGGGCCGUCGACAUCGUUGUCACUUGGCAAUUUGCCUCAACUUGUAAAAUCAAGUUCCGAUCCGUCGAUUGCAACAAAUCAGGACAAUUUGGACCGUGAUCGAGAAGAGAUGGUCGAAGGAAUGCCGCCACCAUACACGAAUCCUUACGACCAUUCAACGGCACAUACAAGACGAUUAACAGUUGAUAACAAAUAUGGAUUUUCACCACCUAUGCCAACAGAUGAACAAGCGCUUUAUGGAACGAGACCGACAAAUUCUGGUGUCUAUGGACAAAUUCCUGAUUUACCACCUCGAAUUGAUCGAGCAUCAAAGCCUUCGUUACCAUCAAGUACUCCUGGUUCAUCACUUCCAUCGAGAAACUCAUCCUCUGUCAACAGCGGUGGCACUUUAGGACGAACAGCUCAAGAAAGACUUUUUGGAAAUUCUGCAAAGUCAAUGAGUGGAGCUGAGGAUCCACAACAAGACGAUCUCUACACUGCAACUAAUAAAUUGUUGAACACUUUGGAACCGAAGAAGAUGCCGACAAUUGGAAGUAAUGGAAAUUCAUUGGAGCGACGUGACUUAGUCCCAAGUCAUCAUCAUCAUCAUUCGAGUAAUCCACAAAAUUCACUUGAUCGACAGAAUUCAGGACAGAAAAAUGGUUCGAGUUAUGAUAGCGUGUCAAGUUAUGAUUCUUUUAAUACGAAUCAAGCUCAACAAGCCAUCACAACAUCAACAAAUUCCUUACAAAAUCGGUUAGGCCCGAACGCUCCAGACGAUUUGAAGUCAGUUCCAGGCGUCACGAGUCGUUCUUCAAUCACAAACUCACAAGAUUAUGCGACGAAUCCAAGAAAUCCCGUCCAUGAACGCGAUUACAGUUUCAAUGGAACUUCUGGCGGUAUUCAUGAUCCAAUGGCAGCUCCAAGAACCGUCAACAAUCUUCCACAACGUCCAACAAAUCUUUUAAUUGAAAGCCCAAGAAAACCACAUGUGAUUGAAACAAAAACUGAUUAUGGCAAAUACAGAAACAAUUCAGCUACACAAGCCGAUUACAUUAAGCCGCCAAAAAUAGCACAAAUUGGUCCGCCAUCUGUUCAGCCACCACCACCAAGUGCAUUUAAACCCGUGCCACCACCGAAACCGAAGAAUUAUCGUCCACCAAUGCAGCAGAAUGUCAAUGGAAAUCAGUGGGAAAAUGGGGAGCCAAUCUCGCCACGAUCUCCUAAUGGCUUUUAUUAUCCGUCAUCUAAUCAACAGCCUCAAGCUCAUCAACAUUAUCACCAUCAAAGUAUGACUAAUGGAUCUGGCGUUGGAAGUGGUGCAUCAUCACAUUACAGUCAUCACCAAUUUGGACCGGCAAAUUCACAUUCUAAUUACGGACAACCUUUGCCACCACCACCUCAUAUGCAAUCUCCAAUGUUUGGUAAUGGCUAUACGAAUGGUAAUCAUCAUCAGCCUCAUUAUGGUAGUGGAAAUUAUUCACACAGAAAUCAUGGAUUUGGCAAUCUUCCAGUUCCAUCACAAUACAGCAUUGACUUGGCAAGUCGUGAACAACGUGGCUCGGCUUUUGAGUUGUAUAGAAAGCCGCAAAUCGGAGCACAUAACAUGAGCGAAAUGCCACCGUCGAGACAAAAUCUUCCACCGAAAAAUCGUUACGAUAUGGUGAACGUGACACCAGAGCCACCCGAACUUCCAGCAAAACCGAAGAAAAAUCCUCUUAAAUCACCACUUAAAGCAUUCAAGAAUGUCAUUGUUAAAGGAACGAAAUCACUUAGACGACAAGCAAGUUUCAUGGAACCGAGUGAAUCAAAGAAACAACGUUCAGCACUUCGACGACAACAUUCAAUGAUGGAACGUGGCAGUGGACGAAUGUUUUACUCACCACAACAUCAAGCUCAACCACCACAAGACUACUUGGAGUAUCAGCAACAGCAACAACAACAAUAUUAUAAUUAUUACCAACAACAACAAAGAUUUUAUCCUCCUCAAGAUGACCGUUAUAUGUGGUAUCAACGGCACGAACGAUUUUAUCCAUCAAAUGGUGGAAUUUAUGAGCCCGGCAGUGAGCCAAUUUACGGUAAUUACGAUUCACGUAGAGCGCCGAGUGAAGAAAACAUUUACGCGAAUCGUGCUUUAAUAGAGCUUGAGAGACCAGUUCAGAAAAGUGGUGGAAGAAUUAUCAGACGUCACAGCAUGAACGAACGAAAUCAACAACUUCCACCAGCUUUUGCGACAUUAACAAAGCGUCGCUCAAGAUAUGCUGAAGAUGUCGAGGACAAAUUUUCACAAAUGGUGAUUGAUGAACCAAUUUAUCAGAGUCAACGAGGCUCGUAUAUGUACCAAGAACAAGUUAAACCGAAGCAUCAUGCCGAUCCGUCACUGCAUGAAAUGAAACGUCGACAAUAUUUUGAACGUCCCAUAGAAGAUAACGUUAAGCUUUUGCAAUCAUCGCAUGUUGAUGGAAAUUCCCCUGGAACGUCAGCCGCAUCAACACCAACAUCGAUGUCAUCACCAUCGAGAGAAAGAAAUUUGAGAGAUUCACGAAGACAAUUGAAAGAUCAAAUCUAUCAGUCACGAAUCGAUGCAAUGCAAUCAAUGGCAGAGCCGAUUUAUGUGUCAAAAUCGAGCAGUGGGACAAGUACCAACACAGGUAGUAAUUUAAGAUCGCAGCCAAUUUACGAGUCGAAAAGAGAAAGCGAAGAGUUCAACGAACAUGAAAGAACAAACGAAGAUGCUGACACAUCAAAUGAAAACAAUGAAACAGCUGAAAAGUCUCUUCUGGAAGUUAUUGAAGAAACAAUUCUCAAGAACAAAUCACAAGAUCAUCUCAAUGAAAGUCAUCCAACUAACGAAUGUGUUUCUAACGACACCAUAGAGAAUGAAAAUCAAUCUGAAAUUCCCUUUGCUGAUGAUGACACAAACGAUGGGAAUGAAUCAACGCUUCAGAACACAGCAAUCGAGAAUGAAAUGUCUGUUAAGAAAACAUCACGUCCACCGUAUCACAUUUCAAGCAUUAUUAAGAAAAGCGUUCCGCCACCACCACCCAUUCGUUCGCCUACUACAGCAAAGUCACCGGAAGUUGUUUAUGAGUCACAAACUUCAAUUGAAACUCAAUUUACUUCGCAAGCUAGUCUCCCAGUUGGUCCGCCUAACGCUCAAUCAACUCCCUACACAAGUGAAUUAACUCUUAAAGAACAACGUGCAGCAGCGAGGGCGCGUUUCUUAUCAGCCCCACCAUUACGUCAACCCAUCACAACCAAAGGUCUCUUUGACGAGAAAGGUGGCAUUCUUGAAGACAAAACUUGGAAUGUUUCUUUGAUAAUCCCACCAAAUGCUUUAACCGCUGGCAUUCGACAAGAAAUUUACUUCACAGUGACAGAUCCAAGAAUGUCAGAGUCAGUUGGCGGUCCACCUUUGGACAUGGAUAAUGGUGAGAAGAUGCUGAGUCCAUUGGUGAUGUGUGGUCCAGUAGGACUUGAAUUUAUGGAGCCCGUCACCCUCAACAUACCACAUUGUGCAUCAAAUACACCAUCAUUAGGAUUAGCUGUUAAAGCCACCGAUAGUGAGAAGAAUUUAACAACCAAUUGGGAUAACAUUGACUUGCCACCGUCCAAUACGGCACACACUGUUUCCGUUAAAGUUGAUCACUUUUAAUUAUUUACAAUCAUAAUUAUAAAGCGGCAAUUGUUUCUGCUUUAUUGGCCAUUUAAUUCAAUUUUUUUAUCUCUUUAUUAUUAUUAUUUUUUGUACAAUUAGUAAUUUCUUUAAUAGCCAUUGUUAACGACGACACUAUAAAAACGUUAAAUUACAUUUCUGACGCUUCACGACAUUAUUGCUGUGCCUUUUAUAAUUUUUUACUCUCCCUUCUCGCCAACACAUUAAAUUAAAUGUCGUGUACAGAAAAAACCCUUAAAUUAACCUUUUUUUUUAUUAUUUCACUCUUCCACUUCGUCGUAAUUUUGUCAUAUUUUAUGCAUAACAAGGGAAAAUGUUUAACUAAAAGUUUCGCGUAGAACGAAACGAUAAGUGGAAGAAGCAGCAGUAGUGUCAACAUGAAUCAUGCAUGCUGUUGAUAUGAAAAUUGAAAAUUAAGUUAGGACGAAAUUUUUAAUGUUUUCAUAAAGCACGUCACGUACACUGUGACAGUUAUAAGAAAUAAAAAUAUUUUGUAGCAAUUCCGUGAUGCGCUGACUGAAAGCUUUUGAAAGGAAAAUUUUCCUUCUUUAUUUCUUUUUUGUUUUUCUUGUAACAAACACGGAAAUUAUUUUAUUAUGCUAUCAAAGAAAACCCCCGUAAACAUUAAACAUUUAAUAAGCGAUAACGAUGUGACAUGAAGAAUAAUUCGAUUAAAGAAAACUUUUCCUUCUUCUUACAACAACAAAACAUGAAACAUUAUAAUAUUUUAUAUUAAGAAAUUCUUCUCGUAGAAAAUAUUUCUAGCUAAUUAAGAAACACAAAAAAAAAUUCUUUCUUUGUAUCAAAAGCUUCACAUUUGUAUGUAAGCUUUACGAUUGUGUAUAAAUGAGUAUAAAAAGAAAAAGAAAAAUAAGAGAUAAAAAUAAAAAGCAAAAAGAAAUAAAUUUCAUAUAAUUU